AUGGCGGAUACCAAUUCCAACCCUCUUCCAGGCAUCGAGGUCCAAAACCUCUCAUACAAAUUCCAAGAUGGCUCCGAUGGCCUGGAAAAUGUACAAAUGAGUCUUCCUCCUGGAAGCCGGACUCUACUGAUUGGCGCAAAUGGAGCGGGUAAAACCACCCUCCUCCGCCUGUUGUCAGGGAAGCGUCUUGCUCCCAAUGACACCAUCGCCGUGGGUGGCAAGGACCCCUUCAAGGACACCCUCGAAGGAGUAACCUACCUCGGCGUCGAGUGGGUGCUAAACAGCAUCGUCCGCACAGACAUCGACGUGCCCACCCUCCUAGCUUCUGUCGGCGGCAAUGCCUACCCAGAGCGACGGGACGAGCUAAUCGAUAUCCUCGACAUUGAUAUGCGCUGGCGCAUGCACGCCGUCUCGGAUGGUGAACGCCGCCGCGUUCAGCUUGCCAUGGGCCUGUUGCGGCCCUGGCAGGUUCUGCUUCUUGAUGAGAUUACUGUCGAUUUGGAUCUCUUGUCUCGGAGUAACUUCCUUGCGUUCCUUAAGCGGGAGACGGAGACCCGUCCCUGCACUAUUGUUUAUGCUACGCAUAUCUUGGAUAACCUUGCGCAGUGGCCUACUCACUUGGCGCAUAUGCAUUUGGGUAAGAUUAAGGCAUUUGGUACUGUUGAGUCAUUCCAUGAGCAGGUGCCUGAGUGGACCUCUGAGAAUAGCCGACUUGGUGAGUUGGUUCUUAAGUGGCUUAAGGAAGAUAUGCAGGCUAGGGGGCCUCGCAAUGGGCAUGGUAACCAGGGCAAGACCUACCAGUAUCUUGAGGGCAUUGGGGGUUAUGGCUUGGAGAGGGUUGCUCCGAAGUAG